AUGGCCAACAAAAUCGUCAUAAUUGGCACCGGAUUCGCCGGUGUCUGGAGCGCCCUCUCCGCGCGACGUCUGAUCGACCAGGCCAACAAGGCCAGCGAGUUUGAGAUCCUGGUUGUCGCUCCGGAGCCCGUGCUGGUCAUGCGUCCACGCCUGUACGAGUCUAAUGCCUCCAGCUUGGUCCAGAACCUUGACCCCCUCUUCCAUGCCGCAGGCGUCAAGUUCAUACCCGGUACCGUUCAGAAGAUCAACUGCGAUGCGCAGACCAUCGACGUGCAGCCAAUGUCCGGCACCGCAUUGAGCAUCACCUACGACCGCGUAAUCCUGGCCGCAGGCAGCUCCGUCAUCCGCCCCGAGAGCAUCCCCGGCCUGCAGCAACACGCCUUCGAUAUUGACUCUUUGGCCUCCGCUAUCAAGCUCGAAACCCAUUUGGAAGGCCUGGCAUCCCGUCAGGCCAGCCGCUCUCGCAACACCGUUGUCGUAUGCGGCGCCGGCUUCACGGGGAUCGAGCUGGCCGCCGAACUCCCCAAGCGCUUGCAACACAUCAUCGCCCACCCUCGCAUCGUUCUCGUUGGCAGGGAACCUGAGCUGGGUUCCAGUUUAGGCUCCGGGCCUCGCCCCACCAUCACCACCGCGCUGAAUGCUCUGGGCGUCGAAACCAAACUAGGCUCGGGCAUCGCCGCUGUUGACCCCGAAGGCGUCAUACUGGCUUCAGGCGAACGCAUCCAAGCCAACACCGUCGUCUGGACCGCCGGAGUCAGGGCCACCCCAUUAACGCAGCAAAUCCCGGGCCCAAGAGAUGCCUUCUCCCGUCUGCUUGUCGACCCAUAUUUGCGGGUUCCCUCCGCGAAGGGCGUCUUGGCCUCGGGCGACGCCGCGGGUGCUCUCGCCGACGGCAAGAGUAACUAUGCGUUUAUGUCGUGCCAGCAUGCGAUACAGCUCGGCCGGGUGUCCGGAUAUAAUGCUGCUGCGGAACUUCUGGAUCAGCCGCUUAUGGAAUACUCGCAGCCCACGUAUAAUUGCUGUCUGGACCUGGGACCGUGGGGGGCGCUCGUGGCAGGCGGCUGGGAUGAGAAGAAGGUUAAGAUUUCAGGCGACCUGGCAAAGCAGGUUAAGAUGUAUAUCAACCAGGAGUUGAUUUAUCCGCCUGCUGAUGUAAAGGAUGCGCUGGCGUUGGCCGGUCCGGUGCAGCCUGAUUCCGAUCAGUUGUUUGAGCAGUUGAUUCAGGUGGUGGGGUAG